AUGGUCGAAAAUGGAUGCAGCCUGUUAAUAAAAAACUUAAGCUUCCACACAAGUCCAGAGAAAAUUAGAAAAAUCUUUCAGAGCUUUGGAAGAAUACGAGACGUGUAUCUCCCCCUAGACCACUACACAAGGAGACCGAGGGGCUUCGGAUUUGUGGAGUACUAUGAGCCCCAGUAUGCAAAAGAAGCCCUAACCAUUUUAAACCACUCGAAGAUAGAUGGCAAGGAAAUUAAAAUUAUUAUUGCGCAGAACAGGAGGAAGUCCCCAGAGACGAUGAAGAUGUAUCAGCACGGGGCGCAAGGCACCCCUAUCGGAGCCACAGUGGGGGGAAGCGAACGCACAGAAGUAGAGGCAGAUCAGCCGAAAGGGGGAGACGCAAAUGUGAUAGAAGUUAUGAUAGAAGUGAUGAGCGAAGUGAUGGCCGAAGCGAUGGUCGAAGUUAUUGCCGAAGUGAUGGCCGAAGUGAUGGCCGAAGUGAUGGCCGAAGUGAUGACCGAAGCGAUGACCGAAGAAAAAAAACUGAAAAGGGAAAAAAUGGCUAGCAAAUAUCGGCCUCGUAAAAUCUACACGGAGAGCGUUUCCACCUACAGCGCGUCUUCUUCGUACCGUUCGUCUUGCAGCAGGGGGGGUAGUCGCGGGAGUAGUCGCGGGAGCAGCCUGAGCCGAAGUAGACACAGAGGCAGGGGAAGAAGUCGAGACAGAAGAAGAAGCCGAGAUAGACGCCGAAGCCGAGCCACCAGCUGCAGCGACGAACGCGACGAACGCGACGAACGCGGCGAACGCGGCAAAGGGAGAAGGAAAAGGAAAAACCCAAAAGGGGGACAAAGAAAAGGCCAAAGGGAGCCAACCGGCAAAGGCAUGAAGAGGGAGAGCAGGGAGAGCAGCGAGACCCUCAGCGGAGGCGCCAGUCUCGGAAGCAGUGAAGGGGCAAGCAGGGAAAGCGGCCCCGUAAAGGACCCCCCAAAAGGCAUCGAAAGAGGAAGCGGGAAGGACCGCCCAAAAGACCCUGAGAAGCUACACCCCAAAGACGCUGAGAGGCUACCCCCCAAAGACACCCACGGAAGAAUCUGCAAAACCCUUUCCCCCAGCAGAGAGAGCCAGGAAGGAGACAAAGACUCGCAGAACUGCGCGCCGAAGGGACGAAGCCGCUCCACUGAAGAGGAGAACCAACCUGGGGAACAGCCCCACCACGACGGAGGGGCACUCAAACGUGGCGAAAGAGUGGAGACAAUCAAAAGGGAGCAAAAAAAAAAGUCAACUGAAAGUUCCAGUGAUGAUACAACCCUCCCCAGUGAGUUAAACGGAAAAAGCUACCCAAGUGAAGAGCCACCAAAUGGACCGAAUAAUCAACCGCACUUGCUAGACCGCUUGAAAGAAAAAAAAAAAAAAAAAAAAGGAACAAAAAAAAAAGCUAACUCUGUAAGUAUUAGUAGCUCCGAUGAGGUGAACUGUGAGGGGGUGACUCAAGAGGAAGGAAGCGGCGAAACGAACGCAGAAGGGGAGUCGCCACCUGCAAAGAAGGCACACCGAAAGGGAAGCAAUAACGACGGUAGUAGUAAUAAAGAGAGUGGCUCUUCGCAAAAGGAAGGGGAGGAAAGCUCCUCCCCCAGAGCGACCAAAAAAAAACGCAUAUGUCUGUCGACCCUCGCAAGCGACAGCAACAGCACAAAGGAGGGCCAUCUCCGAAGAGGUGAAACGGAAAAUGGGCACGAAGUGGGCGCGCAGAACAGGCCAAGAAGUACCAGCAGUGGCAGUAGUAGCGGUGCCUUCGAGGAGCAGAGUAAGCACCACCUAAAGGAGGACUUACGAUCGUGCUACCUCAGCCGACUGGGGAAUGCACACGGGGGGGGCGACUUCGACUCUGGGGAGCACUCCAUUGGCGGUAGGGCCAACUCCCCCAGCAGGGAUAACAGGGAUAGCAGCUCUAACCGCAGUAGCAGCAGUGGCAGCGCCUAUAGAGGAGGCAGAAAGAAACGCAAGCAAAGGUACCUGCACGAAGGGAAGAAAAGAAAAAGAAUUAAUGAGAGCCACUCAACUGAUGAGUCCUCCACGGGGGAGAGGAAAAUCGUUCGGAGUAAAUCGAAGGAGGGGAAAGGAGAAAAAACGGACAAUGGGCGCAAAAGGAUGCCGCAGGAUGGACGAAGAAACAGAGGGAGAAUAACCUUAAGCAGAAGUGCCAGUGGAGGUGGGUCCACUGCUGGGGAUGCAACACGGGAAGGGAGCGGAGGUAGUGAAGGUGAAUCACUUGGACGGGCAAAAACCACGGAGGGGAAGCAUAACACCCGCUGCGGUAGUAGCGAUAGCGGUGGGCGUGGUGGUUGCCUUGUUGGGGGGGAGAAGAAGAGGGGCAACACGCGCGGUGAUGGUGGGGCGGCGCGAAGAAGUAGAAACGUGUGUGGUGGUGCGGGAGAGCGGCCAGAUGGGAAAAGGGGCGGCGCAAAGAGGAAAAGGAGCAGCGAUAGCGGCAGUGACGGCGGAAGUGACAGUGGAAGCGAUGGCGAAAGUAACAGCGAACGUGAUGGCCGCGGCGCACGACGGCUAAAACGGGCGCGCGUGUCCGAAGACGCAGAGGAGACCCCCCGCGAGAAGCGCAACCGCCAGGGGAAGAAGACCCGAAGGGGUAGCAGCUCGAUUGAUAAAAGGAAAGAGGCGAAAAAGAAGUCCAAAGAGAGGAAGUCCAAAGGGGAGAAGUCCAAAAGGGAGAAGUCCAAAGGGGAGAAGUCCAAAAGGGAGAAGUCCAAAGGGGAGAAGUCCAAAAGGGAGAAGUCCAAAAAGGAAAAGUCUAAGAAGACGAAGAAGACGAAGCCCACAAAAGUGAAGCCCAAAAAGGUGAAGCCCACGAAAAUGAAGUCUCCAAAAAAAACGCAUGACGGCACUCCGUACAGCCACCGCCACAGCAGCAGGAGCAGGUCCUCUGUGGGAUCGUCCGUCGAGAGUAGUCGUUCCCACAGCGAGUCGUCUUCGAUGGACAAAAGUAUGAAGCAUUUUUCUGCCAAAGGUUCCAAGGGGAAGGCACACAAACGGGACGCGCGAAGGCGGAGGGAAAGGGGGAUAGGCAGAGAUACGUCUGAUGAUAGCUCCUCCGUUAGCAGUGGGGACUCUCCACUGAAGGCGCAAAGGGGAGAAAAAAAAAAAAAAAAAAAAAAAAAAAAAAAAAAAAAAAUACGUGCAUAA